AUGGCUGACUUGAUGCCAUCUGUUACCGGUGGCUAUAAGAUGGCCUAUAAGAUCUCGUUUGACGCUGAUGGGAUGGACCUCCAUCACGUCUCAGAUUUUUCAGCUGCUGUAAAUGAUAUAAAAGCAAGAGAGAGCACAUACAGAUACAUCAGUGAGAUUCAUCACACACUCAUCUACAUCAUGACCUUCACCAUCUUCUCCAUCACCUGCUUUGCUCUGGUGGCCUCUGCUCUGGGUUGUGGAGUGCCUGCGAUUAAGCCACAGACGAUCGGCAGCAAGAUUGUGAACGGACAGAAUGCCAUCUCUGGUUCUUGGCCCUGGCAGGUUUCUCUUCAGCUGCCCAGUGGUUUCCACUUCUGUGGAGGAUCCUUGAUCAACCAGAACUGGGUUCUCACUGCUGCCCACUGCGCUGUCGUGGUCGGCUAUCACCGUGUCAUUCUUGGAGAACAUGAUCGUGGCUCCAGUGUUGAACCCAUCCAGGUCAAACUAGCUUCCAAGGUCAUCACCCAUCCGCUCUACAGCAGCACGACUAUCAACAAUGACAUUGCUCUGCUGAAACUGUCGUCUCCAGUCACACUGACUCCCCGUAUCUCUCCUGUAUGUCUGGCUCCAUCAACCAUCAGCAUCCUCCCUGGAACCCGCUGCUUCACCACUGGCUGGGGCCAAACUGCCACCACAAGCAUCCCUCUGAUCCUGCAGCAAACAGGCAUCCCCAUCAUAAGUCCUGCUGUGUGCAGUCAGAUCUGGUGUCAGAGCACUAUCACUGAUGCCAUGAUCUGUGCUGGAGGAGCUGGAUCAUCAUCUUGCAUGGGUGAUUCUGGUGGUCCUCUGGUGUGUGAGCGUUCAGGGGUCUGGUCUCUGGUGGGCUCUGUGUCCUGGGGAAGAAGCAAUUGUGACACCCGUUAUCCAGUAGUCUACGCCCGCAUCUCCCAACUGCGCUCCUGGAUAGACACGACUAUCGCUUCCAACUAGAGCACCAGUCUGAGUAUUUAUCCACCAAGGGAGGGAAAAACACAU